CGUACGCGUGCGCGCUCGGCGCAGGCGCGCGGCUCCCGGCUGCACGCGAGACGCUAGCUGCCGGACGCGGCGGACCGCUGAGGUGCGGACCUGAGGAGAUGGAGCCCCCAAAGGUGGAAAAGUUCAGCACCGCCAACAGGGGAAACGGGCUGCGCGCCUUGGCGCAGCUGCGCCCCGGAGAGCUGCUCUUCCGCUCGGAUCCCUUGGCGUACACGGUGUGCAAGGGGAGUCGUGGCGUCGUCUGCGACCGCUGCCUCCUCGGGAAGGAAAAGCUGAUGCGAUGUUCUCAAUGCCGAGUUGCAAAAUACUGUAGUGCUAAGUGUCAGAAAAAAGCUUGGCCAGACCACAAGCGGGAAUGCAAAUGCCUUAAAAACUGCAAACCCAGGUAUCCCCCCGAUUCUGUUCGACUGCUUGGCAGAGUUGUUUUCAAACUUAUGGCAGAAACACCGUCUGAAUCAGAGAAACUUUACUCAUUUUAUGAUCUGGAGUCAAAUAUUAACAAACUGACCGAAGAUAAGAAAGAGGGCCUUAGGCAACUCGUAAUGACAUUUCAACAUUUCAUGAGAGAAGAAAUCCAGGAUGCUUCUCAGCUGCCACCUUCCUUUGACAUUUUCGAAGCUUUUGCAAAAGUGAUCUGCAAUGCGUUCACCAUCUGCAAUGCAGAGAUGCAGGAAGUUGGUGUUGGCCUCUAUCCGAGUAUGUCUUUGCUCAAUCACAGCUGUGACCCCAACUGUUCCAUUGUGUUCAACGGGCCCCACCUCUUGCUGCGAGCAGUCCGGGACAUUGAGGCAGGAGAGGAGCUCACCAUCUGCUACCUGGACAUGCUGAUGACCAGUGAGGAGCGCCGCAAGCAGCUGAGGGACCAAUACUGUUUCGAAUGUGACUGUUUCCGAUGCCAAACCCAAGACAAGGAUGCUGAUAUGCUCACUGGUGAUGAGCAGGUGUGGAAGGAAGUUCAAGAAUCCUUGAAAAAAAUUGAAGAACUGAAGGCACAUUGGAAGUGGGAACAGGUGCUGGCCAUGUGCCAGACCAUCAUCAGCGGCAACGCCGAGCGCCUUCCCGACAUCAACGUCUACCAGCUGAAGGUUCUCGACUGCGCCAUGGACGCCUGCAUCAACCUCGGCCUGCUGGAGGAGGCCUUGUUCUACGGCAUCCGGACCAUGGAGCCAUACCGGAUUUUCUUCCCCGGAAGCCAUCCCGUCCGAGGGGUGCAGGUCAUGAAAGUUGGCAAACUACAGUUGCACCAAGGCAUGUUCCCCCAGGCGAUGAAGAACCUCAGACUGGCUUUUGAUAUUAUGAGAGUGACCCACGGCAGAGAGCACAGCCUGAUUGAAGAUUUGAUCCUGCUUUUAGAAGAAUGUGACGCCAACAUAAGAGCAUCCUAAGGCCUCGGGCAGAGGGAAGCGCGGCUUCUACCCUUACCGGAUGCCUCACAGAGCUCACACACCCGACGCUGCCGUGUGAGCCUCCCUCCUGGCAGUGCAGUUCUCUGUUCACGUG